UGGGACCGCCAGAAGCCGCUUGUAAACAGAGCCGGGCCGGGAUGGUCGGCGGCUGGAGCGGAGUGGCUGGCGGUGAGGAGGGCGGGCUGCCUGGGUCGGGGCCCUGCGGGGAGUCGGCGGCAGGCCGCGGGGGUGACCGGACCAAAGCCACGAAACUCAAGGAUUGGUGCUGCUUUGCUUUGACAAAUACUGCCCUGCUGUCUUCACAGACAUCUCUAAGAGUAAGCUUACGUAUGACUGUGCAUGGCCGUCUCUAGGCAGCCGGAUGAAGGUUACUGCCACUUGUUCCCACAGCCGCUUUGCUGGACCACUGUACUCUGUUGGCUGAAUGUUCGUGACACCCUUUCCUAAGGCAGUUUACGAGGCUUAGACCUGUUGGACCCCGAGUCAUGGAAGCUUUGGAAGUAGAUGACAUCAGCCCUGCCUUAGAGGUGACUGAGGACUUCUUUAGUACUUUUGAUAGUAAGCUGGAAAAGGUCGUGCAGCAAGCAGAGGUUUAUGGAAUUCAGGAAGUCCCUGAACUGGUGGGGCAUGAGGUAUUCAGUAACAUAACAGACAAUGGUGCUUUGAGAAAUGUUGCCACCCUGGGCAAGGGGACCAUGAUUUGGGACCACUGUAAGAGCAGGCUCCUAGAAACCAAAGCUCAAAAUGUCUUCCCUGCCAAAGAACAGCUUAUGGUCCAGAGAGGGACAGCCCCAGAUAACCUUUCCUGGAUGGAGCAGAAAGAAGCGUCAACCUUCAACCUUUUCAACAUCUGUCAGCGUCGGAGGGACAGACCUCGUUCUGUGAAUGAUUUAUUGGACGAGACCACGACUUUCAAGCCAGGACAUGCUCGAUCAAGGUCCGAUGUUACCCAUGUAGACUGGCGGGUAGUCCUCGGCACCAUGCCUUUGCAGCAGCAGCAACAGCAGCUGUCCCUUCAAGGCCCUCACUUUGGCAGGCCAUCUUUUCUGUUGCCUACGCCCAGUAAGGGUGAAGACGCUCAAGGAAAUACAGAACACAAGCAGACGUUCCCAAACAUACUGAAGAAGGGUUACCUGGAGAUCAGGAAAAACCACGACAGUUACUGGCAAAGCUGUUAUGCCGAGCUCUCACCCUACAACCUACACUUCUACAGCCUCGACAGUAGUGGGAAUCAAAGCCUGUAUGCCACGUACCAGCUUUCACAGUUCCAGAGCAUAUCUGUUCUAGGCAAUCUUGAGGCCAGGAUGGUAGACACUGUUCUCUAUGACAAUUCUCAGCUGCAACUAAAGGCAGAGUCCCCGUGGGAGGCAUUGGACUGGGGGCAGAAGCUCUGGGAAGUUGUACAUGCUACAGUGCCCAAUUACAUAGGCCGGCAGGAGGAGCCAGCAAACUCACCAGGACUUGGUACACAGAACCACUGUUUACAGAAGAAAUCCAGUGGGCUGCUGUCCUCCCCUGUUCUGGAUAGCCCCAAACAGUACCAAAACAUCCUCAAAUCAGGGACACUGUACAGACUGACCGUCCAAAACAACUGGAAGGCAUUUACAUUUGUGCUGAGCAAGGCCUAUCUUAUGGCCUUUCACCCUGGCAAGCUGGACGAAGAUCCCCUGUUGAGCUACAAUGUGGACGUGUGUCUGGCUGUGCAGAUAGACAACCUGGAUGGUUGUGACUCUUGCUUUCAAGUCAUUUUUCCCCAAGAUGUCCUCCGCCUCCGGGCUGAGACCCGACAGAGGGCUCAGGAAUGGAUGGAGGCUCUGAAGACAGCAGCCAAUGCAGCGAGGAGUUCCGAACAAAACCUGCAAGUCACACUGAGGAACAAACCCAAGGACCAGGUCGGUGGCCAUGAGCUACGGAAGAACAAACGCCAGUCCGUGACCACCAGCUUCUUGAGCAUCCUGACAACGCUGUCUUUGGAGCGAGGACUUACCGCUCAGAGUUUCAAAUGUGCAGGAUGCCAACGGUCUAUCGGUCUUUCUAAUGGCAAGGCCAAGGUGUGCAAUUACAGUGGGUGGUACUACUGCAGCAGCUGCCACGUGGACGACAGCUUUCUCAUCCCAGCACGAGUAGUUCACAACUGGGACACUUCAAAAUAUAAGGUGUCCAAGCAGGCCAAGGAGUUUCUGGAGUAUGUGUAUGAAGAGCCCCUGAUCGACAUCCAGCAGGAGAACCCCAUGCUGUACCUCCACGCAGAGCCACUGGCCACUGUUGUGCGGCUUCGACAACAGUUGAAAUCACUCCGAGCCUAUUUGUUCAGCUGCCGGGCGGCAGUGGCAGAGGAUCUGCGCCGCAGAAUUUUCCCCAGAGAAUACCUCCUGCAACAGAUCCACCUGUACUCUCUUGCUGACCUGCAGCAGGUGAUAGAGGGAAAGCUGGCUCCAUUCUUGGGCAAGGUCAUUAAAUUCGCCACCUCGCACGUCUAUAGCUGCAGUCUUUGUAGCCAGAAAGGGUUCAUCUGCGAAAUCUGUAACAAUGGCGAGAUCCUCUACCCUUUUGAGGACAUUUCAACAAGCAGGUGUGAAAGCUGUGGAGCUGUCUUUCAUUCAGAAUGCAAAGAAAAGUCCGUCCCCUGCCCACGGUGCGUCCGCCGGGAGCUGCAGAAGAAGCAGAAAUCCUUCUGGCGGCAGCUGAAUGUGGACGAAAGCCUAGAGGGGGCGUGCACCAUGUUUGAGCUGUCCUACCAGAACACCUGACUGCAGGCCAGGCUGUACCCACUCACAACCACCCGAGGGGCCACUCGGGCCCAUGCAGAUGAGGCUGUUUCUUCUCCAGCUAGAUGUAGAUAUAUAAGUUAUUUAUUUAUAUCAUGCACACCUAUACGUCCUGUACGUAUGCUUUGUAUAACACAUUGUCCAAGAGGUCCACAGUGAUCCUGUGGCUGAACUCCUACCAGAAAGCUGAGUUACACUUAGCCCUGAAAUUCAGCUGCUUGCUCCCAGCAACUGCGGUUUACACACUUUGCUCUGUAGUUGAGACCUCUGUACUCACACUGGCUCUAAGGACCGGUCUACUGCACAGGCAUCAGAGGAAGCAUCUCCCACUGCAAAGCUUUGGGUUAUUAUUGAGUUUUAACUUUUGCUGGGGAAACUGAGACAGAGACCAUUGUCAUUUGCUUCACAAGGAAAUCUCCAAAACACAAGAAUGCUUCUAGAUCUUUCAGGCAGAGAUGAGAAGAGUGAAGCAGAACCAUGCAGCAGAGGCCCAGCGGGACCCUCCUCCCAGCAGAAAGCAUGAGGAACAGAGCUACCCUGGAUUUGAAGUUAGUCACCGAAUGUGAAUCCAGAAGGAUCUCAGUAGUCAUGUCAUCCAUCUGUUUGCUGGUCCGAAGCCCAGCAGCUGCCAAAUGAUACCUGCCAGAGUGCACGUGGGUGUCCUAAGAACAGAUUUCCAAUCAUGGAUCGGAGGACGUUUGUUAGUUUUUCAUAGUGCUGGCCAGGAGGAAAUGUCCCAGGAUUGUCCUCAAGCAUAUCAGUGCAUAGACUGCUAGGUAGCUUAUGCCACACACAUCUUGGGGACACAUUGUUUCCUUUCCUGGAGUCCUCCAUAGGCAAUGCCCACCUGUCAUCUCGAAUGUUUUAUUUCUCAUUGUCCUUCACAGUACUUUUGACCCUUAAUCAGUCCAUGUAACUAUUUUUGCCUUUAUACUCUGGGCGUUUUGUUUGUUUAAGAUGGGGGCAUAUUUUAACACAGGAUCUUGCUAUAUAUCCCUGGCUGGCUUCAAACUUGUGACCCUGCUGCCUCAUCUUCCAAAUGCUGGGAUUACAGGUAUAUACCACC